GUGGCGUCAGUUCGUCGCUCCAUGGCGGCCGGCACCGGAGGUAGCCCCCUGCUCUUCCCCUCUCCGGCGAACGGUGCCAUGCCGACGCCCUCCGCCGCGGUGUUCGACGUCGAGGCCGCUCACCGCCACGCCACCAAGCCCGACGCCGGCGCCGCCUUCGUCCUCGAGUCCAAAGGGGAGUGGUGGCACGCCGGGUUCCACCUGACGACGGCGAUCGUGGGGCCGACGGUGCUGACGCUGCCGUACGCGCUGCGGGGGAUGGGAUGGUCGCUCGGCCUGGUGGCGCUCACCGCCGUCGCCGCCGUCACCUUCUUCGCCUACUACCUCAUGUCCAGGGUGCUCGACCACUGCGAGGCCAACGGCCGCCGCCACAUCCGCUUCCGGGAGCUCGCCGCCGACGUCCUCGGAUCUGGAUGGGUGUUCUACCUGGUGGUGACAGUGCAAACUGCCAUCAACGCCGGGAUUACCAUCGGAAGCAUCCUGCUUGCAGCUGACUGCUUACAAAUAAUGUACUCGGACCUUGCACCAAACGGUCCUCUGAAGCUUUACCAUUUCAUCGUCGUCGUCGCGGUGGUUCUGUCCGUGCUCUCCCAGCUGCCGUCGUUCCACUCGCUGCGUUACAUCAACCUCGGCUCGCUGCUGCUCAGCUUCGGCUACACCAUCCUUGUCUCAGCUGCCUGCAUCCGUGCAGGUGCGUUGAGCAAUGCUCCGGCGAAGGAUUACUCCCUGAGCUCGUCCAAUUCGGAGAAGACCUUUAAUGCGUUCCUCUCUAUUUCCAUCCUCGCCUCCGUUUUCGGCAAUGGCAUUCUGCCUGAAAUCCAGGCCACGCUGGCGCCGCCGGCGGCCGGGAAGAUGAUGAAGGCGCUGGUGCUGUGCUACGCGGUGGUGUUCUUCGCCUUCUACCUGCCGGCCAUCACCGGCUACUGGGCGUUCGGCAACCAGGUGCAGUCCAACGUACUGCAGAGCCUCAUGCCGGACAAGGGCCCCUCCCUGGCGCCGACGUGGCUGCUCGGCCUCGUCGUCGUCCUCGUCCUCCUCCAGCUGCUCGCCAUCGCGCUGGUGUACUCGCAGGUGGCGUACGAGAUCAUGGAGAAGGGCUCCGCCGACGUGGCGCGGGGCCGGUUCUCGCGCCGGAACCUGCUGCCGCGGGUGGCGCUCCGGACGGCGUACGUCGCGGCGUGCGCGUUCGUGGCGGCGAUGCUGCCGUUCUUCGGCGACAUCGUCGGCGUCGUCGGCGCCGUCGGCUUCAUCCCGCUCGACUUCGUGCUCCCCGUCGUCAUGUACAACAUGGCCCUCGCGCCGCCGAGGCGGUCACCGGUGUACCUCGCCAACGUGGCCAUCAUGGUUGUCUUCACCGGCGUGGGCCUCAUCGGCGCAGUCGCCUCCGUCCGGAAGCUCGUGCUCGACGCCGGCCAGUUCAAGCUCUUCAGCGGCCACGUCGUCGCCUGAAAUGGACGCUUUUUUUUUGGACGCUUGACUCGUAUAUUUCAUUAGGCUUCACAGAAAAAAAAAUGUAAAAGAGAAAUUAAAGAGGGAAAAAAAAUCAUCAUCAGUUCGUCAUAUGAAGAAAAAGAAAAGCCAAAAACGUAGAGACGCGUGUGCUGAAGAAAGUUCACUCCAUCUUGUGUUGUAGACAGUUCAUGAACAAUGGUGAAAAUUCUACUAAAUUCAU